AUGUCUGGCUAUUCACGCCACAAUUCAGGGCACGAUCCUUAUAUCGAUUAUGCUGCUCAAUCCGAAGAACAUCCAGAGCGCGUUUACGGGUCGCAUCACCCAGAGCUCCAGCAAGUUGGUGCGCAAAGUCUCGAAUCCCUUCAACUUGGAGGGCAUCAUCAACAGCAACAGCAACAACAUCACCACCAUCACCACCAAGUAUUGCUAGAUUCACACGGCAUGGCCCACCACCAGUCUCCUCAAUAUGGAGGUGGGCAACACAUCGGGUAUAUGGGUGCGCAAAUACAACAACCAUCUAGUGUAGGGAAAAGGCCAAGAACUCAUGACGACUUGGACCUUGGAAUGGGAAGGGUAUCAGAAGGUCAAAUGCAUGGUCAGAUGCAAGGCAUGUCUUCACAAAUGGCUCAACAAACGAUGGGUGGUUAUGGCGGUGGACCUCAGGCUUUUCACAGUCAUGCAUUGCCUAACCAAGGACCUCGAGGCGCGAAGAUUCCUCGUCUUGGCGAAGGACCGGAUUCAAGUAUGAUGUCGCAAGGUGCACCUAGUGUAGUGGGCACUGCCGGAAUGCCGAUGCCUGCAGAAAGACCGCGAGGUCCAAAGUUAAAGUUCACUCCCGAGGAUGAUCAGUUACUGGUAGAUUUGAAAGAGAAUAAGGCUCUGACUUGGAAGCAAAUUGCGGAGUUUUUCCCAGGGCGCUCUUCAGGGACAUUGCAGGUCCGCUAUUGCACAAAAUUGAAGGCUAAGACAACUCAAUGGACUGACGAGACGGUUCAAAAACUUCGAACAGCGGUUCAUGAUUACGAACAAGAAAAAUGGCGCAUUGUGGCACAGAAAGUUGGGACCGGGUUCACAUCUACGGCUUGCAAAGAUAAAUGGACUGAACUGAUGCACCCCGAUGAUUCCGAGUUACAAUCACCAGAACCUGAAAAUCUACCUGAAGAUUCAGAAUAUUAA